UUCAGGCUUAUCAGUCUUGUGGUACCUUGUUUCGUUCCCAGGUUCAUGUGUCAGACUCAACACGGUUCUAUCCAGAGCUCUAUGACCAGAACAUAAGGACAGUGGUUGGUGAAUUUGAUUUGAACUCAAGUAACUCAGUUGUCACAGAGAGUGCGCAGGUUAAAGGCACUAAAUAUGCAAAUGGAAUGCUGGUCUUACUGAGCUACGCAAAAGGACUACUGCAGUUAGGACAAAUAGCAAGCAUUUUUGUAAAAAAUGAAACUACUGUCCUACUUUUGCUUCGAGGGAAAACUGCCAGCUGGAUACCUGAGCUUGGACUCUAUGAACUUGAUGAAAAUGCUUCUGACCUGUUCAGUUGCCAUGAUUUGAACAAACUUGUUGAUUAUCAUCCACUUUAUGCUUACCACAGAGGUACUCGGUGGCUCAUUCCUCUUAAACACACACCAACAUGGAACUUGUGAAAAACUAUGUCAAGAAAGCAAUGCCAUCGCUCAGUAGCGAUAAGAUGGAUACACUCAUGGCUAAACUGGAGGAAUUAGGAGUUCUCUCUGUAGAUGACCUGAGCCUUGUGGACCCGGAGGACAUUAAAGACACUCUGCCAUUCAUUCAGUGCAAAAGAUUCGUCAGAGCUGUCAAAGCAUUGGAAGCAGAUUCACAAACUCCACCGCAGUUCACCCGGCCUGGCCCCUCAUCAACACCUGAACCACAGAGGUUUCAGCUGCCCUCAACACCACCUGAGACAGCCGACUCCCCAUCCCAAGACACAUAUUCUGUACCAUGGCACAAAUUUCCCUCAAAAGUCAUGGAUGAGUUGCGUGAAAAAAAGUACAUAAUGGGGAAAGACAGACGAGAGAUGGUUCGGAUCGUCGCUGAAGAUUACCUCCAUAAACACCCAGGAAGACCUGGUAGACAAAAGCUGAGGGAACUCGCCAGUAUGAUUGUAGGACAAUAUCCUGCCUCCUUCAAGCUGACAGAGCCGUUUGGAAACAAACCUUUUGCAAAAGAUGGUUCUGAAACUCUCUUUCGUCAGCUGGAACACAGAAUUGAAAAUAUGAAGAGGCCACUAAGCUCACUGAAGAGGCAAGCAGGGGGUGAAAAUUCGACAAAGAAAAGGCCCAGGAAUUCAGAUCUGUAUGGAUGUGUUGCGUGGGAUCCAAUCAUUGAGGGGGCCAUGUGUAGAGAAGACCUGCUGUCUAAACGAGAUGAGUUGAAACGUGCCUUUCAAACCCAGGAUCUUCAGGAGUCAUCUGUUCGAAAAUUGAUGACUGAAACAUAUCCCAUUCAGCGUGAAAUCCUCAACGAUGAUGAUACCACUAUUGCCGUUGUAAAGGACGAGUGGCCGUUUCUGUUUGAAGUUCCUCACCUGUUUGAUCAUGCAUCUAAACUCCUUGGCUUCUCUGUACAAAACAAGCUGGCACAGGAACUUUCCAAAAAAGAAAAGGGGAUCAGUGACUUCCUUGACUACAAAGGGAUGAAGACGGGCGAAGGUCCAAUACAGCUCAUCUGCGGCAUUUCAAAAUACUUCAAGGAAGACUCUUAUAAACUCUUCCACAAAAAAGAGAUCUCUGCAGAUCCUGAAGUCGAACUCCCAGUGACCCCAUGCAUCCUAAUCAGAGGUGACCAGCAAUUCAAGAUUGCUGUUGAUGGGUUACUUGUCAAUGACCACAUCACCUCUCCCAUUGUGGCCUUGAGCUACGUCUUCUCCAUGUUUUAUGUCUGCAACGUCCAAUACCCACCGGAGAUGGCUUUUACUCUCGAAUUCAUGCAAAGAGUUUUCUUUGGGGUCAAUCCUGAGCGAGGCUCCAAGGCAGAGAAGAAGGGGAAGAAACGGCACUUCAUUCCUCCACAGGUGUGCAAGCUGGUUUCUCAGCUGAAGGAAUUUGAAUGCAAGCAGAAGGAAUCUGAAUGGGCCAUUUGAGCUGUUCUCAGAGCUCAGAAAAUACCUUUUUGGACUGAAUGUACACACACACGUACACACACACACACACACACACACACACACGCGUACACACACACGCGUACACACUCACGCGUACACACACACGCGUACACACACACACACACGCAC